AUGUAUUUUAACUUUUUUACUUGUUUUUUCAAAGUUCGACCAGAGGUGAGUGUUUCAGGAGCAAGCAAUCUAAUCAGAGAAGGAGACAUAGUGACUUUGACUUGUAAAAUCAUUCAAGGUCGGCCUAAGCCACAGAUAACUUGGCUUAAGAAUAACUUAUCUCAAGGACACAACACGUCUCUCUCCUUUAAUAAGAUAACAAAGGAAGACGCAGGUCUGUACACCUGUAAAGCAAAUAAUAGUGGGGGAAUUUCCACUGAAAAUAUCUAUAUUUCUGUUCAAGGUAAGUUUUCAGCUUUAAAAUUGCAUUUUAAAUCAUUCAGUUGUGUAACCUGCGGCCGUAUGGACCGAGGGCUAAUUGCUGUGGGUUUAAACGCUGGCCAGGAUCUUCUGUGCUGCCUUCUGGGUAAGGAAAUCCCCCCAUCUAGUCGGAGGGUUUUCCUCUUGAAAUCUCUUUCUUUUUUCAACAUUAACUUUAAAAUUUCGAACUGCAUAUCGAUAUUACACAUAUGUACUGCUGGUUAGCUGAGCAAGAUCAUUUUUGUAAUAUCCUCGCGGAUGAAAGUCUUCACUUGCAUGGUGCCUAACUCUCCACACAGAAGUAUUAUUGAACUGUUAAGAAAAAUGAACAAUUGGUAAGUGGUAGUAAUUAAUUUCCGUUGCUUGAUUCAUGAGCGAGGAACCUCUCGCGGUAUCCUUUUAUUUUUUUAUAUUUUAUCUUUUAAAAUUGCAAACGGAAAUGAUACGCGUGUAUUACUGGUUAGCCGUGCUAAUAAAUGAAAUAUAAGUCGGAGAUGGCGAUUAGUUUAAGGGUCGAUCAAAAAUAACCCAGAGGUUGUAAAGAAUGGUUUUUGUAAUAACCGUUUUGAGAUUGAUUUUCGAACAUAAUUUUGAAAAUUGUAUAAGAAAAUAAAGCCAAUGCAAGCAACUACCUGGUUGGGUUUAACGUAUCCUGGGAAAAUGAUGAAUUCUUAGAAAGAUAAUUGUUGUGCGUGCAUGUGCAAUUCACCAAUUGUUUGGGGUGACUCCUUGAUAUAAUCGCUUUGCAACAUUUGUUUUAAUGGUCACUCUGCUCAUUUUGGUCAGGUAACACCAUAGAGACUUUUAACAAAACUCUUUUGAAGCCAGGUUUCACCGUAAUUAGCACCAUUUACCCUACAAUUUCCGUUCAGAGGGUUGCUUUUGGAUUCUUUCGUGUCCAUGAUAAUUACAUUGCUAAGAUAUUAUCAGUGAAGCUGUUUUUGACUAAACUGAUAAUUGUCUCUUUCUCAACACAGAAAAACCCACUGCUCGAAUAAGGCCAAAUUCACAAUCAAUACUCGCCACAGAUGAUGAGCUCACAUUAACUUGCAGCGUCAAUGAAGCAACAGUAAAUAUCACCUGGAAAAAAGAUGGAGCCCCAAUGAAAGAAAGGGCAGUCAUUGAUACGCAAUUGGAGGAGACAACAAGUUAUCUGAAUAUUUCAAAGGUUGUGAAAAACGACAGUGGGAAUUAUUCAUGUGAAGCUCGUAACAGACUAGGAGAUGUGGCCCGCUCGACUGUGAUGAUAAAAGUCAAACGUAAGUGUAUAUCAUUAACCAUUAAAGGUAAUUGGUUUUUAAUGAAACUACUCCUUCUUCUAUUCUUUUUAUUAAGGAACUGUAAAUCAGAAUUUACAAUAUGGCUUUUUAGUAGCAGUAACACCAAGUUGUAAAGACCCAAAUAAUUUGUUGCAAUAUCAUCACUCAUGAUUGUUUUUUCUAUUCGGAUGUCGCUGUCGGUCUAUAUCCAAAUUUCAAUAAUUGAAGGUCGUUUCUCAAUUCAAAACAAGAUUUGAAUGGUGCAGCUCAUCUGCACGUAGUUAUAAUUUACCUUUUCAUAAGGUAAUGAGCAGGCAAAAAUCUAGCUUAAAGUAGUACGCCGUCCUUUGUAGUUGCAAUUACUAAAAUUUAGAAGAUGAGAUCAUCACUUUAAUUUGCUUUGUCGAAUGUUUCCUCCAACUCCUAAUGAGUUAGAACUUACAUAUCGCGCUCAGAUUGAUGGGAAGUCAAAUUUUUCAGGUAAAUGGCAAGGAGAUGACAAAGGUCUUUGAGUUAUUAAAAUAAAUAAAUAAAUAAAUAACUUUAUGGUAGCGUAUAGACUGGUAUGUUGCUCACAUCAAUUAGAUCGUUUAGGGUUUGUAUCUCGCACCAAUCAGAGCAUCGUUUCUGUUCUUUAGUUUGGGGGGUGUUCAUUUAAAAGAAUUGACGGGGGACUCACAAAAUGGAAUCACCAUUUAGAAUGAGAAAUAUUGGCUUCUCUGUGUUUCGAACGUGUAUUUUACCGCGCUUUAUGAGAAAUACGAUACUACUGGACAUAUGAAACACAUCAGAUUACCUAUAGUGAACGUGUUUCUCAUGCUGUGGAAAUGGUGGUUAGUUGUUCGAGAGAAAAUGGAGUUCUUGCACACUGCAGCACGAUCAUGGUUAUUGUUUCUUCACGACGUAAAAAUUUGAAUCAAAUAUUGCUAGAGGUGUUGAUGAACUGCACCAAACAUUUUGGUUUGAGCAGUUCUUUAACGGCAUGCUGUGUUGCAAGAUUCAUGAUUUGUUGAGUGUGCCGAUUAUAUUUUUCUGGAUUGGUUUGCUUGGUGCUAUCUCUAGAUGAGUGUCUGAUUAAAAUUACCUAUGGCCGAUUUUGUUUGGCUCUUAGGAAGCUUUGUCGCCUCGUGUGUCAUCGUGUUUGAUUGAUAUGCAAUGUUAAGAGGUAUUUUCAUUGAACAACAAUUUUUCUACAAAAGAUGGCUGGUUUGGUUGAAGUCAAAUUCAUGGUAAACAUUGUGGUGUGAUCGGGUCUUUCGAUGUUAGAAGUGUGUUGCAAGGUGGAUUUUGUGUCAUUAUUGGCUGUUGAGGGAAAUUUUUUUGGCUGUUUCGAGGGUACUUUUGAGAACACCGGACGAAUGCAAAUGUUUUGAUGCCUGGAGAAAGUGAUCUUGUCGAGUCGUUUGGCUAAGGCUAAGGCUAAGGCUAAGGACGAAUUCAGAUACCAUCGUUAGCACGUUUAUUUGAUUCUGUAACCUAGAAUGAAUGAUUUACCGAGGUACGCUAAUAUGAUGUGAUCUACUCACUUUAAAAAUAUAUCAAGUCGAAGGAACAGUUUUGGUCUCGGUCUGCAUUUAAGUCGACAAAAUAAACACAUACCGCUUAAAAAGAUGAUGGACCAUGUGCAAAGCUGUCAAUUGUUUAUCUAAUAUUGCGCGUGUUAAAUAUUCAAUAGUGACAUCUCAUUUACGUCUACAUCUACUUUUAUUAAGUUGGUAACAUCUGUACAGACAUCACAAAAACCAACUCAAACGCAAAGUGAGAAGACUAUAUGAAGACAUGAAAUUAUAUUAAGAACGAUUUUGAUCAAGAAACGGGCCAGGAAUAUUGCACAAUAGUGCAAAUAAUUGUGAAAGUUUAUCGCGGAAAAGCGAUUGCGUGAUGCUCGGUAAGUUGUAAGAUGACAUGUUAUCACAUACUAGGCUAAAAAAACACUUCAAAUUCUCAGUCUGCAUUUUGUACCCAGUCUGCAGUCUACAUUUUGUACCUGGUCUACAUUUUAUAUCUGGUCUGCACUCUGCAUUCUGCAGUCUGCAGUCUGAAUUUUGCACUAACAGGUAUCCGUGGCACCAAUACAGUUUAUAUAAUAAGCUCAGUUAUGCAUGCAUUCUAAUUGGUUCUCACUUAUGAUCUAUUGGAGGACAGAUGUAUAGAUGACGUCAUCAUUAAAACUUUUUUUAAUUAUUUAUUAUAUAAAACAAAUAGAUUCCAAGUUGACAUGCGUCUGUUCAGUAGUAGAUCACAGAGGACAUCAAAAUUUGGUAAGAACAUCAGUGACACACUUGGCUAUGCCUCAUGUGCCACUUUUUGUUCUGACCAUAUUUUGACGUCAUUUGUGAUCUAUUACUGAACAGAUACAUGGCAACUUGGAAUCUAUUUGAUAAUCAUUUUUGAUAACAGUUAUUUGCACAACACCUUCAAUCGACCACAACAUACCUGUGUGUGAGUUAAUUCAACAUUUUUGUUCUUUUCCGCAUUAACAUUCUCUCCUUUUGUAAAAAUGUAUACAUCACUUACAAUAUUUCAAUUAAUCCACCCACCCCAAAAAAUAACACUUGCAUGCAUAGCAUGCCUAUGUUUUAUUCUUGAGUUAACCAAGCAAGUAAUGUACUGAUAGCAACAGGUUGCAGGUCAUCACAACCAUUCAUUUGAUUGCAGUGUUUACACCCAAGAUCUAGAUCUCUAUGUACCUGUGACAAUUAUCUCAUCGUAACUCUUUUUAAUUUUUCUUUAUAGUUCCACCACAUUUAAAUCCUGAACUCAAGAAUCUUUCAGUUCCACUGAACUCCCCACUUGAAACAGACUGUUUUGAAAGGGGUGAUCUUCCAGUAUUUGUCAACUGGACCAAGGAUGGAAAAGCUCUUGGUAACAGCAAUACAUUAGUUAUUAAGCGGGUGACUUUUGAUGAUGGAGGUUUCUAUGAAUGUGCUGCUGAAAAUCUGGUUGGAAAAGUUGACAUCUCCUUCUGGAUUGAUGUUACUGGUAAAUCGAAAUCAUUUUAUGAAGAUUUACAAACAGUGCUUUGUUAGUUCACAUUAUAGAGCACUGUACUACCAAGUAAUAGUUCAAGCCCUUGACAAGACUUAAACACAGGGUCUAAAAUAGAUGAGGAGAAUAUGCUACCUUUGCUAUGACAUUGGCAAAUGGAUGGGCAUUCUAGUUUCUUGGAUAAGGAGGAUAAACCAGAAGCCCCAUCUCUGGCAUCUUCUCUGCACUGGUUAAACGGGGACUUUAAUGAACCCACAGACUUCUUGCAAGGAGUGGGGAACGUAGCUCCCAGUGUCGAGGUCUGGCCUUGUCAUUGCAGCUUUGAGCUGAACUGGGCCAGCCUAGCUAAAUAUCCCAUCUUCAUACAUACAUACAUAUUCCAUUUUACUUUUGCAUUUUGAUCUUUUAUCAACAUUUCUGAAGCUGAACUCAACUUCUAAGGAAAAGAUAGUAGCUUUUUGGAGAUGCUUUUGUUUAUGUUGGACAUUUGAAUAGUAUUUCCACAAGCCAAGUUUAUUCAUUUGAUUAUUAAUUUAUCUUUCAUUUGGAUACGUAAUUCAUAUUGAUAUCUUUACAGGAUAUGGAAACUUACCUUCUGCAUACGAGUAUAAAUUAAUUUUUUUAUUCUAGUAGUGUUCCCUAGCUAUUCCAAUGUACAGUAUGCUGGUUAUUUUUUUACCUUAAGAAAUUCAUGUACUUAGAAGACUCCCAAAUUUGCUCUUACAUCUAAUUACUGCCAGAUUACUUGUGGUUAUUCAGUUGUAUCUUGAGAACCUAUGUUGAACAUCAGUGGUGCUCUUUUUAUUUUCAGUGUCUCCUCAGAUUUUAUUGUCUCCGGUACACCAAUCUGUUAUUGAUGGAGACCCAGUCAACUUUACUUGCAGUGCCACAGGUGUUCCUAGACCAAAACUAACCUGGACAUUGGAUGGCCAAAAACUUCCAUUGGGUAUUAAUCAAAGGAAAUUUGAGAGAGACUCAUUCUUGGAAUCAUUCCUGGAAAUGCAGAGAGCAACAAAAGAAAUGGCAGGAACAUACAAGUGUACAGCAGAAAACAAAGCAAAUAGAACAAGUUAUUCCACAACACUUCAAGUAUUUGGUAGGUUCAAUAAUAAUAAUGAUUAUGAUAAUAAUAAUAAUACUGACUGGGAUGAUGAUGAUUGUAAUAAUGAUAGUAAUAGCAAUCUUAAUUUUAAUAACCAUUAAGGUAAUGAUGGUGAUGGAUCCACUGCAAGAAUAAUAAUCAAUGAUACCUUCCUCGCAAAAUAUGAGGUGAAACUGGUGGGUCGUGGCUAAAGGUUGCCCAAGAAGAUUGCAGUGUUUACAUUCAAGAUCUAGAUAUCUAUGUACCUGUGAGGAUUAUCUCAUCAUAACUCUUUCUGAUUUUUCUUUAUAGUUCCACCACAUUUAAAUCCUGAACUCAAGAAUCUUUCAGUUCCACUGAACUCCACACUUGAAACAGACUGUUUUGAAAGGGGCGACCUUCCAGUAUUUGUCAAUUGGACCAAGGAUGGAAAAGCUCUUGGUAACAACAAUACAUUAGUUAUUAAGCGGGUGACUUUUGAUGAUGGAGGUUUCUAUGAAUGUGCUGCUGAAAAUCUAGUUGGAAAAGUUAACAUCUCCUUCUGGAUUGAUGUUACUGGUAAAUCAAAAUCAUUUUAUGAAAAUUUACAAACAGUGAUUGGUUAGUUCACAUUGUAGAUUGCUGUACUACCAAGUGAUAGGUCAAGCCUUGAACUGCACCAACACAGGGUCUAAAAUAGAUGAGGAGAAUAUGCUACCUUUGCUAUGACAUUGGCAAAUGGAUGGGCAUUCUAGUUUCUUGGAUAAGGAGGAUAAACCAGAAGCCCCAUCUCCUGCAUCUUCUCAGCACUGGUUAGCAGGAGACUUUAAUGAACCCACAGACUUCUUGCAAAGAGUAGGGAACAUAGCUCCUGGUGUUCAGGUCUAGCCUUGUCAUUGCAGCUUUGAGCUGAACUGGGCCAGCCUAGCUAAAUAUCCCACAUUCACACAUACAUACAUACAUACAUACAUACUCCAUUUUACUCUUGCAUUUUAAUCUUUUAUCAACAUUUCUGAAGCUGAACUCAACUUCAAAGGAAAAGAUAGUAGCUUUUUGGAGAUACUUUUGUUUAUGUUGGACAUUUGAAUAGUAUUUCCACAAGCUGAGUUUAUUCAUUUGUUUAUUAAUUUAUCUUUCAUUUGGAUACGUAAUUCCUAUUGAUAUCUUAAUACAAAAUGGACAAUUGCCUUCUGCAUAUGAGUAUAAAUUAAUUUUUUUAUUUUAGUUAUAUCCCCUACAGCCCCUCUUUGCAAAAAGGAAAAUUCAGCUUUAUCGGAGCAUACAUGCCUAACCAACCAUACAAUUGGGUGGGAUAAUUCUAAAAUUAUCACCACUAAUCGGCGUUACCACCAGCGCCUUUGUUUGGAGGCUUGGCAUAUUAACUCUGCCCACGCUCCUUUAAAUCGUGAUGAUGGCGGUUUGCUUCCUGACGCCUAUUUACACCUCAUCAGAAAAUAGGCCACUAAUUAGUGAUCAUAUAAAAGGACCUCUUGUUUCAGCGUUUAGAUCACCCCUGAUGAAGGCACUAGGCAGGAGUGUCGAAACGUUGGGUCUAUGAAUUGUAACUUCUUCAGUUACAUUCAUUAAAUCUGCAAACCAGAGUAGCAUCAAGCUAUGUCUGACUGCCAGAUUACUCGUGGUUAUUCGAUUUUAUUUUGAAAACUUAUGUUGAACAUCAGUGGUGCUCUUUUCAUUUUCAGUGUCUCCUCAGAUUUUAUUGUCUCCGGUAAACCAAUCUGUUAGUGAUGGAGACCCAGUCAACUUUACUUGCCGUGUCACAGGUGUUCCUAGACCAAAACUGACCUGGACAUUGGAUGGCCGAAAACUUCCAUUGGGUAUUAAUCAAAGGAAAUUUGAGAGAGACUCAUUCUUGGAAUCAUCCCUGGAAAUGCAGAGAGCAACAAAAGAAAUGGCAGGAACAUACAAGUGUACAGCAGAAAACAAAGCAAAUAGAACAAGUUAUUCCACAAAACUUCAAGUAUUUGGUAGGUUCAAUAAUUAUAAUGAUUAAGAUGAUAAUAAUUCUGACAGGGAUGAUAGUGAUAGUAAUAAUGAUAGUAAUAGCAAUCUUAAUUUUAAUAGCCAUUAGGGUAAUGAUGGUGAUGGAUCCACUGCAACAAUAAUAAUCAGUGAUACCUUCCUCACAAAAUAAAGGUGAAACUGGUGGCUAGUGGCUAAAGUUUCCCAAGAAGAACUGACAGCUUGUUAAGAAUGAGAUGGAGUCUUGAUACCCCUGGAAUUUCCCCAAGACAAUAGAGUCAAAGAUUGCAAAUACAAACUUAUGUUCCAAAGAAAAAUACUGUAAUGAAUUGUGGGAAAGAUAAUUGUUGUGCGCGCACCAUUUACUAGUUGUUUAAGAUGACUCUUCCAUAUAAUCACUUUGUGACAUUUUGUUAUGGUCACUCUGAUCAUCUUGACCUAAAAGCUUUUGAUGACUGCAGUGAUUUGUAGCUUUUUAUGGGGAAACAUGUCUUGAUAAUGAAAAACAAAGGGCAGGGUCUUAGUUUAUUUAUUGUAAAUUCGGUUGAAUGGGGUCUGAGAUCCUUUGGCAAAUCUUCAGAAACAUUUUGGGCAAGUAUUUCAAACCCUCUUUGAAAUCUUACUAAGGUAUUUUGAGUAAUUUUUUUUUACGAAAACCAAGUUAUGUACACAGUAUCUCUUUCUCAACACAGAAAGAUCCACUGCCAAACUAAGUCCAAAUCCAUACCCAACCAUCACUCAAGGUGAUAAACUUAGGUUAACUUGUAGCGUCAACAAAGCAACAGUAAAUAUCACUUGGAAAAAAGAUGGAGACCCAAUGAAAGAAAGGGCAGUCAUUGAUACACAGUUGGAUGAGAGAACAAGUUAUCUGGUCAUUGCAAAGGUUGUGGAGGAGGACAGUGGUGAAUAUUCCUGUGAAGCUCUUAACAGACUAGGAAAUGUGGACCGCUCCAUUGUCAUGAUAAAAGUCAACCGUAAGCUGGUAUUAUUGUAGUGUAGAAACAAUCUAAAAUUUAACAGCAAUAAAUCAUUUGACUAAAUGGAACCUGAAACUUUUAAGCAUGCUAUUUGCUGUUUUCUCUAUGUUUGUUUCUUUGUUUUGUUUUUGUUGUUGUUUUUUGUGUAUGAAUGCAUGUACGGAUGUUGAGUGUAAGCCUGUAAUUAAAAUAUGGGUCCCCUGGCCUGUAAAAUGCAAUAGAACCUCCAUUUCGAUACCCAAAUAAUUAUCAUCGUUAUUUGUUUGUUUUCUAUUUGGCAAAGGGAAUUGCUCUCUAUCCAUUUAACAAAAAGGCAGGUUAUUUCUUAAUUCAAAACAAGAUUCUUGCUAGGUCUUCUCCAUAUAGUUCUGAUUUACCUUUCUUUGAAUCUCUGCCAUAAAAUAGUAGCCAUUUCUAAUGAGCCAGCAAAGCUCUAGUGAAAAAUAGUAUCCAGAAGAGCUAGCUAAUACUGAGUAACAACCUUUCCCUUCUCAUCACAUGUACUACUUUUUUUAUUUGGCUGAGAACCAUGCAUUUAACUUACACCAACAGCAGUGAGUUCAUUCCUGGUGUGGUAUUAUAUUGUUGGAUCAAUGGCUGCUGUCAUUGUUAUUUUGCUCAUAGGCUGCUUUUUUUGGAAACGUCAAAGGACAGGUAAAGCUCAUUCUACCUAUCUUGUUUAGGGUAAUUUUUCUAGAGAACAGUACGUUGUGUGAGAAGCAAAAAUUUGACCAGGUUAUGUUUACUUCUACUUCACCUCGUAUUUAAAUUGUUCUCCUCAAGUUUGCUAUUAGGUAGGUAUUAUUAUCAUCUCGGUUUGCAGGAAAAAGAAAACCUUAGAGACACUAUUGGCAUGUUUCUACUGUUUCUUGUCUUGUGAUUAUAUCUAAUUUAUAAUCUUCUAUUAACAAUUGACCAAUGUGCAUAUAACAUUUUUAUUUUAAUACUCAAGCUAAGGCAAAACUUCUUUCCUUUUUUAUUCCUUUUUGAUUUGCCAUUUGGACCUACAGCACCUGCUACGGUCCUGUAAGUCAAUUAGUUUGCCUUCUAUUUACUAAAUUGAAUUUUUUAAAAUUUUUUUUUUUUUUAAUGAAGUUGGGGUUUAAAUUUUACUCUCAUGUCAACCAUUCCAUUUGGAAAGUUAACUUGAAUGAUAGUCUGCGUGAACAUUUAAGUCUACAAUUUUAGUUUUUCUGCACAAGAAAAUGUUUUUUUUUUUAUCUUUAGUGGGAUUAUUUUUCCAUAAAUUGAAGAAAUCAGUCAAAUAAUUUUUGAAACUCAAAACUUUUCCAUAACUUCUUUUCCUUGAUCACGUAUACUUUGAUUUAUCAAUAGAAAUUGUAUGAUUUUCAUAAAAUUUAGUCCUGAUCAAGGGGAGGCAGUUGAGAUGGAGCUGUUGAAUGUAGAAGUGGAUGAAUGGGAGAUUGAAGUGAACCGUAUCCUGCUUCAAGAUGUCAUUGGGCGAGGGGCAUUUGGAGCAGUGUGGAGAGCUCUUCUUAGUUCUCCAAAUGGGAGACCUGGAAAUCGCACAGUUGCUGCUAAAUGCUUUACACGUAAGAUCCAUUCAACUACAUGUAUCUCUUCUCAAAGCACGUAG